AUGUGGAGAGAUCCGCAGCUGAGUAUCAACAUCGCUGAGGGUGGAGAUAGCUGCAAACGGCAGCUAACAGUGUGCAAAACCGCAACGAGGCAGUACUGGGGCUCGUGGCUCGUGGCAGCUGUGACGGCUUGUGGCAGCGAGAACGGACUGRGUCUGAGUGAAGUGGGGCCCGCAACGUGGAGAGGUCAGCGGCURAGAAGAGAGGAGAAGACCGCAGACCUGCAGUGUGACGAAGGACUGACAACCUCCAUCUUCGGAGCUCAUUAUGAACGCAGAGACAAGACCACGUGCAGCCGGCGCCCAGAUGAUCAGCUCCAAAGCACAGCCUGCUCAAGCCCCACCAGCAACAGCAAGGUUGCUGCCAGCUGCCAGGGGCAAAACAGUUGUGUUCUAAAUGCCUCAAACUCUGUGUUUGGAGACCCCUGUGAGGGAACUUAUAAGUACCAGGAGGUGGCUUACGCCUGUCAGUGACAUGAUAAACCAGCCUGUGUAAAAUCACACAAUUCCUCCAUUAUUUCCAAUAAACAAGGUUCAAAAU